AAGUAAAUAAUUGUGUCGACUUUAAUUGGCAGGACGCUUAGGUUAAAUUUAACUGAUGGUUAGCGUCUGCUAGUAAGUAAUAUUAGAAGGGAUGGGCUAGACACUUCACAGUUAGUUGGAUUAAGUUAAGGAGAAUGUUAUUGGUGGAGACGUUAGUUGUAUAAAGCUGAGGGUCCGUAAUCAAAUUGAAUUUGUGCUAAGCCUAAAUUCAGCUGAAGACGUAAAAAUACAUUUCAUGUCUAUUACGGUACCAUCUUAUAUGGGUAACCAGAUAAUUUUUGCUUGACCCGCGCACAUAAAUAUCAGAAUCUCAUUUACUUUAUUUCACGCAAAUAAAUAAUAUAAAAUUUAUUAUAUAUAUUUUUUUUACAUAAAAAGUAUAUCAAAGACUUCUUCGAAAUACUCCUAUCAGUACUAUUAAAUACGUGAUUACUUCUGUUUCCGAACAAAGCGUAUUCUGUCAUAUUAGUUAAAUAUUUUUUUGAUGUAUAUAUGUUUUCAUAUAGAGACGUUUUAAAAUUAUUUAACGAUAUUAAUUAUGCGUUUAGAAUAUCAGACAUAGUUUUGUUGUUAUGGGAAAUACUUUGCCAGGUAGCCACAGACGACGAGGCCAUGGUUCAUACGAUGGUCAGGGGCCCUACGGUGGUCAAGGGCCCUACGGUGGUCAAGGGCCCUUCGGUGGUCAAGGUCCCUACGGCGGUCAAGGUCCAGGGCCCUUUGGAGGCCCGAAUACUGGCUAUGGAAGUCCUGAUCAAACUCGGAACUAUGUGCAAGAUCCUCUCAAUCCUCACCAGGGGCCAAUUCAGCCUCCAGUCGCGAAUGUCACACCACCUCCGUACGGACAAGGUCAAGACAGUCAUUACCCCCCGGGAUAUCAGCUUCAUAAUCAAGGUUAUCCUUACGGUCAAGGUUACCCACCACACGGCCAAGGUUACCCACCCCAAGGACAGGGAUAUCCACCUUACGGUCAAGACUACGGUCAAGGGUACCCACCUCAGGGCCCAGGGUAUCCACCUCAAGGACCAGGGUAUCCGGGAUAUGGCCAAGGAUACCCACCACAGGGCUACCCUGGUCAAGGACCUCCAGGCACGUCUUCACAGAAUUAUCAAUUUUUGCUACAUAGUUUUGUAACACAGUCCGAGUUGUCGCUAGUUUUUCUUUGGGUAGAAUUAUAAAAAAAUUUGUCUCUUCGUUUUGAACGAUGUACGCUAUAGAUUUUCCUGUUUAUAAGAUCAUCGAUUGAUUCUAUUUAAAGCCCCGACGGACAUACAAACACUGCUAUUUAAGUGACAACCUCAAUUUUCGUGUUUUAUUGUUUCAACUAAAAAAUACGUUUUGCGGAGAUCUUUUAGUUUCUAAUUUGCUGACAAAGAAGUUGCUUGUGGAUUGUUUGUAGAAAGAGUUAGGUACUUUACAAGACAUGGUCUCUACAAGCGUUCAGAGGAACUUCAAGCGAAAUACAUUACAUGCUAAUCUUAAAUCUACAAACGAAAGUUAUGACGUUGAACGACAAAUAUAUAUAUAUACAUAUAUCCAGCUGAUUUCGUUCCUUGUUCUGAUUUAAAAGUUUCGUUAAAAUCAAUCCAGUACUUUUUGUAGGACUUACAUAAAAAUAAGUCUAUUCUUCUUUACGUUAUUUCGCUUGUACUAUACGCGGAAGUGGGUUGAUAAGAUUUCCAACUCAGUAUACUUAGUACGUUACCAGGGUUUACUUAAACACAGUCAGGUAGAAACGUUCACAGGCCAUGACACACGAAAGUCGCAAUAUGGGCUCGUAUUCUGGUCACCGCGGCCACUUGGCCUUCUCACUUGGCUUUAUUAAAGGUUCCCCCGGAGCUGGUAUGGGGCAAGCCGCCUGCUGCGGCUCUUGCCUGGCCUGCCUCACCUGUCUCCUGUGUUCCUGCUGCCAGGGUCUGAUGGGCCACGCUAUGACUGGAGCUGGCGACAACAUCGCUGAUGAUGGACAGACACCUGGAACAGCUAACGUCACAUCUCCACAAAUUACUGGUAGCCCACACAACCAGCAAACCGAAGAUAACCCAUAGUAACAGUUAUCUGCCAAUAUACCAGAAUGUUCAUUCGGGUACCUUCGGGCGUGUUCGUGGAGCACGACGAACGUUGAUACUAUUAGUAUGUAGUACACGUUGCGAGUUCUUACUAAGGUGUCUACGCACGCUUACAAUAAGUUUGUAUAAUGUUUGUAUAACAGCAACGUUUCCCGUUCCUCAUUCAGUGACCACUUUAAUAAUAUAAUUUUUGAAGAUUCACGAAUUAAACAAUUUUAACGCUCCGUAUGCAGUGACGCAAACUUAUAGUAAGCGUACUGAUGUUUUUAAUAAACACUACGACUUUUCAUAUGUAACAUAAAUUAUAUAUAUUAUAAAUAUAUAAAUACGUUAUACGAGGGUAGGAUACAAUUAAUAAGCAUUUUUUAAUUAAUCAUGUCUUACGCAAUUUUAUAAUAUUUUUGUUAUAUUGAUAUUUAUUAAACUCGUUUUUAUUUUU